CUCAAGUUACUGCGCUUUUAUUAUAUUAUUUUGCAAGUUCUAUGUAAUGUUUAUGCUAAAAUUACAGCUGAAAGCACUGAAAUCUAAAAGCCAAACGGUCUUAGAGAUAGUGUGUAACACCAAGGGGUGAUCAAAUAGUCAUCCAGCCUAAAGUUUACUGCAUCUUGUUUUUAAGAGUGGCAUGACAGCUUUGAGUAGGCCUAGCCAUAGCGUACCUUAACUACUGUUUAACCGUUUGGUGCAAAGCUUGUACGUCAGUCUUGUUGUAGGAUAACAUUGCUAGGUUUGCAGGGAAUCGCAUUAUCAUCACUUUCUAUAGUGUCUGAUCAUUCUACAACAACAACGACAUAUUAUUAUUUGGCAGCAGUUUUAUGUCUCCCAGCCAGUGUGGUUUCUGCUGCCACCCCAAAACAAUGUGACAACGGGAUUUAUUUUGAAAGCAAGACCAGACGUCCGGGAGCUUCCUGCGUUACUGAGCUUGAUGGUAAAAGUAGGUGAAAAGUUGCAAUGCAGCCUAGAUAGGCGCUGUCAGAACCUGUUCCCAGACGGAAACACAGCCUCGUACUUCAACCUGCUGCUGGAGGGAUACGAGUUGUGACCAUGGUGCUGAAACAGUGUCAUCCUCGACUUAAACGGUUUGUUCUUAACCACAGAGAAAAGUGGUGGGAUCCUUCUCUCCAUCAAGACAAAGUGGGCAGUUUUGUGCCAACGGCAUCGAGAUUUCCCCCGCCCAUGUCGACUCUGAUAGCCGUCAUCACAUCACCAUGUCUCCAGUGUGGCAUCGCUGAACCUUCCCGCAGCUCUGAGAGGCCGUGGGGAACGAGACGAGCCCCCGGACUGAAGCAUCUUUCUGCUGUGACACGCAUGUCUGUAAGAGAGCUGAGCACCUCCAUCAGAGCGUUCCAGUAUGAUCUGAGACCAGAUGUACCAAAGUGUGAAGGCCGAAAGCUGUUUUUUGACACACAUGCGGUGGUACGACUCCUUGAAGAAAAUGGUUUCACAACGCAGCAAGCUGAGGUGAUAGUUAAGGUACUGCUGAGGAUGACCAACUCUAACAUGGAUGUAGUCUAUAAUGACAUGGUAACCAAAGUGCAGCAGGAGAUAAUGCUGCAGCGUGUGAUGUCUCAAAUAGCAGCUGUAAAGAAGGACAUGAUAAUCCUUGAGAAGAGCGAGUUCUCCACUUUACUUGCAGAGAAUGAGAAACUCAAGAUCCAGUUAUUGCAGCUCAAGGUUCAACUGGCUGAUGUAAUGAAUAAAGUGCGCUCAGACAAUAUUUUGGACAUGAAUUUGGAGAAAAGCCGUGUGAAGGAAUUGAAAGCAGAGCAUGAGAAGAAGCUUCUGGAAACGCGAACUGAAAUUAUGGAAAUGACUGCAGAGCAAGAUCGUCAUUUGACUCAGACCAACAUGAAAAUAGACACUGAAGUGGCCGGUUUGAAAACCAUGUUAGAGUCUCAUAAACUGGAUACUAUAAAAUAUCUUGCAGGUUCAGUGUUCACUUGUCUUACUGUGGUUCUGGGAUUCUACCGUAUUUGGAUGUGAGCAGUUGUCAGCACACAGUAACAUGUUCCAAACAUUUGCUGAGCGUUCCUGUGAAAGCCCAGUAUUCAUGUCAAACGAUGUUUUGACAUGUCCUUCACCCAAGCAGACUGUGGUUAUGACUGUCACAUGACCUGUCUUAAUACUUGAACGUUCAGUGCAUCCUCUGAAUCUAUCAGCAUUCAGAGACCUAUUCUCUUUCACGUCUGACCUCAUUUUAUUGCAUUUUAUUGAUGAAUAUGACUUUGCAAUUACUGCUGCAAUCUCAUUGUUUUACCCUCAUUUUCAGAAGGAAUGAUAAACUGAGAAAUAGUAGUAAGGAAGUAAGACUAUUCCACCUGUUUUUGAUUAAAUGAAAAGUUGAAGCUGAAGUUAAUUUUUUUAUUGUGUAAAUAUUUUAUUUAUGUAUUAAGCUGUAAAUAAGAUAUAUGUCUGGAAUUCAGAAGGGAUUUAUGUAACUAAAUUAUCACAUAUAUUUUACUUGUAUCUAUCGUUAUCUCUUGUGGUUUCAGAAAUGUUUUAAAGGGACUUUUGGAUAUUUGAAUAAAAUAAAUAAAUGUAACCUCA